AGACACUGUCAUGGUCAUAUCAAAAAGUAUCCUCUACUGAGUAAUUUUGGAAAAAUAUUGGUCGACUCACAAUUAAGAUUAUCUGGUGUAAAAGGAAAAGGUUCUAGAUACACAGACGAUGAAAAAUUUUUUGCACUUUCUUUGUAAUUGAGUCCAAGUAAAUCUACUAUAGGUUCUUUGUUAAAUAACAUCCCUUUGAGACCAGGUAUUAAUGAAUUUAUAUUUCAGCAUUUGGCAGAUGCAGCUAAAAACAAAAAUUCAAUGGGAUUGCAGUGUGUAUUGCUGUUUGAUGAAAUGGCAAUGAAUAAAAAUUUUUCAAUUUUCAUACUGGGGUUUUGAAGAUCUAGGAGGUGGUGAACGCACUAAUAAUGUUGCUGACAAAGCUGGUUUUUAUGUUGCGUGGUAUAUUUUCAAAUUGGAAAAUACCCAUAGCUUUUAAUUUUGUUCGUGAUGGAAUUAAAACAUUUCAUUUAAAAAAGAUACUGAAAGAGCCGAUUGCAGCAAUAUUUAAAUCAGGAUUUAUUUUGAGAUGUACUGUCUCAGAUCAAGGCUCAGCGAAUGUUGCAGCAAUAAAUUCAUUAAUAGCUGACACACGCGAAGAUAUUCUUCGUAGUGGUAAUGAUGACCCAAAUAUCUUUCAUUAUAUGAUAGACAAAAAAAAAUUAUACCACAUGUAUGAUGUUCCACACCUACUAAAAUGUUUUCGCAAUAAUUUCCAGAAGAAUGACUUGCUGAUUGGAACCCAGCGUGCUCAAUGGAACUACAUCGAAAUGGUGUAUGCUUCAGAUGGCGCACAGGGUCGUGCGAGAACUACCAAAUUAACCGACAAGCAUAUUAAACCAAACAUUUAUGACAAAAUGAAGAAGAAUGACUUGCUGAUUGGAACCCAGCGUGCUCAAUGGAACUACAUCGAAAUGGUGUAUGCUUCAGAUGGCGCACAGGGUCGUGCGAGAACUACCAAAUUAACCGACAAGCAUAUUAAACCAAACACUUAUGACAAAAUGAAGAAGAAUGACUUGCUGAUUGGAACCCAGCGUGCUCAAUGGAACUACAUCGAAAUGGUGUAUGCUUCAGAUGGCGCACAGGGUCGUGCGAGAACUACCAAAUUAACCGACAAGCAUAUUAAACCAAACACUUAUGACAAAAUGAAGAAGAAUGACUUGCUGAUUGGAACCCAGCGUGCUCAAUGGAACUACAUCGAAAUGGUGUAUGCUUCAGAUGGCGCACAGGGUCGUGCGAGAACUACCAAAUUAACCGACAAGCAUAUUAAACCAAACUCUUAUGACAAAAUGAAGGAGAGAAAGGCAACCAUGAAAUCUGGACUUAUAAAUUCAAUGAGUCAAGUUAAAGCUCUUUAACUCAAAGAUCCAUCUGUUUACUUAUGUUAGUAAUUAAUAAUAAUUAUUAUUAUUGACGUCAUUUAUCCAUUAAUAUGACGAAUCACUAUUUCGAUAAGACGAUUGCAAUUUGCAAGUGUUUGUAAUGCAGACUCCUUUCUUAGAUACAUAAGUAACCAGAUGGAUCUUUGAGUUAAAGAGCUUUAACUUAACUCAUUGAAUUUAUAAGUCCAAAUUUAUUUAUUUUUAUUUUGAAGCAUAUCGCCAUGGAGACGGGGUAGGUGUGCACAAGAGUAGCCUGGGGGAAAAUGGUGAAUCACAAGCCUGUUCCAAAUAGCCGCAUCUAUAGUUGGCAACACCGGCCGAGUUAUGCACAUAUACCGCUAUGUUUAGUUUUGUCACAAUUUU